UUAGCUACGCGUACCAAGAUGGUGAACAGACUUCCGGAACUAGUGUGAAUCGUCAAUUCGCGUAGUAUGUUUAUUCAAAGUGUUAGUUUUUAAUAUUUUCCUAAUUGGAAAUAAGGUAUUUACUUUAACAGCAUAUAUUCAAAUGUAAUACAAUUCAAUUCGGUCGUAGCAGCUGUCAACUACUGUAGACCCUAGUAGCUUGUGAGAAAUUAAGAUAUUUCGUCGCCGGUCGAAAAGCUUUAAUGUAUGGUACCACUAUGAAUCUAAAAGAGGAGACAGUAGCCACUUUAAAGCGGUUUGACAUUGGAGAUAAGUUCUCCUAUCUUCCGGUCCUGCCUAAAGCGUCAGUGUUGAUCCCCCUGUUUGUGAGAGGUGGACAGCUGCACACCUUGCUGACUCUACGCUCGAAGGAGCUGAGGACCGGUGCUGGCGAGGUGUGUUUUCCUGGUGGAAAGCGAGACCCCAGUGACCGGGAUGACGUUGGCACAGCCCUAAGAGAGGCACAGGAGGAGAUAGGUUUACCGCCUGAUCAGGUCGAGGUGGUCUGCACAUUGUUUCCAGUCUUCAGCAAGAGAGGCUUGUUGGUGAGCCCCGUUGUUGGUUUUAUAAAGGAAACAUUUACUCCAACCCCAAACCCAUCAGAGGUUAGUGCCGUGUUCGCUGUCCCGCUGGACUUCUUCACCAGAGAGAAGGACCACUGCAUUACCCAUGGUGUUGCUGGGAUGACUGGACCGCUGCACUCAUUUUACUUUAGAGACCCUUCUUCAGGAAGCCAAUAUCACAUAUUUGGACUAACGGCUAUGUUGGCAACAUUGGUUGCUGUUCUCGCACUAAAGAAAAAACCUCAAUUUGAUGUUGGUUUUGAUCUUGUGGAUCCUUUAGCCUUUUUCAAAAAGAUUCUGCAUAAAAGACUGAGUAAGCUAUGAUUGCAUUUGAUACUCUUCUAAACUCCUAGUAGCCAGUAGUACAAUAUGAUUCUCAAUUUUUAAACACCAGAUGUUUUAAAAAAAUUAUGCACUUUUGUUUCCACUAGUAAACAUCUCAAUGCUUCCUAAUAAAAAAAAAUGGUUUCCAGUGCU